AUGGGCGGUUCCGUGUCUAAGAUAAUGGGGAAGAUUUUCGGCACCAAGGAGAUGCGAAUCUUGAUGCUGGGUUUGGAUGCUGCUGGAAAAACCACAAUUCUUUACAAAUUGAAACUUACAAACCAGGAUGUCACCACGAUCCCCACCGUCGGCUUCAACGUCGAGAGCGUAACAUAUAAGAAUGUCAAAUUCAACGUCUGGGAUGUCGGUGGUCAGGACAAGAUCCGUCCUCUGUGGAGACAUUAUUACUCCGGUACACAAGGUCUGAUUUUCGUCGUCGACUCCAGCGACACUGCUCGAAUGGAAGAGGCUCGCUCGGAGCUUCACAAGAUCAUCAAUGAUCGCGAAAUGAAGGAUGCGUUGCUCCUUGUCUUUGCUAACAAGCAGGAUGUCCAGGGCCAUAUGAGCCCUGAAGACGUCACCCAGGCACUGCAACUCAACAAGCUCAAGGACAAGCUGUGGUAUGUUGCGCCCAGUGUCGCAACGGAGGGCACCGGUAUCUUUGAGGGUCUUGCUUGGCUCUCCAACAACGUCAAGACCCAGCCUCAGAAAUAG